AUGGAUGAAAAGUCGGCUGUCCACAUCACUGCAUACAUCUGCUCUAGCUUCUUAUUCUUUGCAAUCAUGGUGUUGAACAUUGUAACGAUAUUAGCGCUCCGAAGAACCUUUGUGUUACCAAGAAACUUCAAGACGCUGCUUCUAAGUCUUGCAGUGUCUGAUGCUGGUGUCGGUCUACUUGUGCAACCACUGUAUAUUGCUAUACAUGCAACGCUACACAUGAACAUACAGGUACCAAACGUGGCGAGAGCCUACUUGGUCAUUAUGAACACUCUUUGUGUUACUUCGUUUCUUGGUGUUGCAGCUCUAGCUGCUGACAGAUUCCUGGCAAUUCAUGUUCAUCUCAGAUACGAGGAGCUUGUGACUCAUAACCGCGUGACUGUUGGAGUGAUAUCAAUGUGGGUCUUCAGUGCAUGUAUUUCGUUCCCUGUGCUGCGCGACGCAAAGAUAACCUUCUCAAUAAUUGCAUUUGUUGCGAUUGCUUGCUUAUUGGUUACAGGGGUAUUUUACUUGAAGAUAUAUUUAGCCGUAAAACGCCAGGCAAAUCAAAUUAUUACCCUAAAUACACCUCGAGGAGAAGAGAAUGUAGAAGAGUUAGCUCUUAACGCAAGAAGGCAAAGAAAGGCUGCAACUAUGACACUCGGUGUGUACCUUGUUCUUAUGGUUUGCUAUCUGCCAAGCCUAUGUAUAACGGCUGUAAAGGUAAUAUCACCUGCAAACCCUCCAUCGCAGAUUUUAAGACUUAUUAGUGACUUGUUUAUUUACCUGAAUGCAUGCCUCAAUCCUCUGAUUUAUUGCUGGAAGAUGAAACCCAUUCGACAGUCCGCUGUGAGCAUUAUACGAAGUACGUUUUCAUUUUAA